AUGACUGAAAAUCAGUCAAGUGUAGCAUCUGGCCCGGCUGUAAGGUCCGAGGAUCCAGCAUGGGCUUAUGGCCGUGCUGUGCCGAAUGCAAGAAAUAACACCCAGUGUACUUUUUGUUGUAAAAUGAUAAGGGGGGGAGGAAUUACUAGGCUCAAGUAUCAUUUAGCUGGGAUUCCGGGUGAUGUUGAAGCAUGCAAAAAAGUAUCUGAAGAUGUAAAAUGGCAAAUGAAACAAUUGAUUGAAGAUUUAAAGAAAAAUAAACAGAAAAAAAAAAAAAGAAGAAUAAAUAGAGAAAUUGCAAAUCCCUAUGAUGUAGAGGAGGAGGAGGAGGAUGAUCAUCAUCAUGAUGAAGGUAAUAAUGAUAAUGAGAGAGGGGGUUCAAAGAGUCAUUCAUCAGCUAGUAAUUAUAACACUAAGGGGAAAGAAAAAGUUGGAGAAAAGUCAAACAUUAAAUCCUAUUUUGCUCCAAGAACAAAACCUGGUUCUCAACCAUCCAUAAGGUCUUCUUUGGCCUCAAAGCAAAUGGUUGAGAAGGCAAGAAAGAAUUUUGCAAGAUGGUGGUACCAUGCUAAUAUACCUUUCAAUGCCGCUCACUCUGUGUAUUAUCAAGAAGCUUUAGAUAGUGUAGCAGCUAUUGGGCCUGGUUUUAAGGGACCUUCUUAUCAUGACUUGAGGGGGCCUUUAUUACAAAAACAUGUGGGUGAAAUGAAUGAUUAUAUCUUAGAUGUGAAAAAUGAUUGGAAAGUUUAUGGGUGUUCAAUUAUGUCAGAUGGGUGGACAAAUCAAAAGAGAGCUCCAAUCAUUAAUUUUUUAGUGUAUUGUCCUAGAGGUACCAUGUUUCUUAAAUCCCUUGAUGUGUCAAGCCUAACAAAGGAUGCAGAUACAUUGUUUAAGUUGUUUGAUAAAGUUGUUCAAGAAGUUGGGCCUGAGAACGUUGUGCAGUUCAUUACAGAUAAUGAUGCUUCUUACAAGUCUGCAGGAAAGAAGCUAAUGCAGAAAUAUGGGACAUUCUAUUGGUCUCCUUGUGCAGCCCAUUGCAUUGAUUUAAUGUUGGAAAAUUUUUCUGAUAAAAGAUAUUUUCCUAUCAUUUAUGAAACCAUUCAAAAGGCUUAA